CCGGUCUACAGGAGCGUUCCUGCAGAGCCAUGUCUGGCGCCAAUCAGACGCAUCUCAACUCUAUACAAGAGAAGGUCUGGGGAGGUAAACUCCCUUUAGAGAUUGUUCUAGCCCCUUCAGAAUGUCGGAGCUAUGAUCAGUCUGAUCCCUACCUGAUAUUAUACCCUCGGAUGUCUUACCUUCCCUUCCUCCUACCAAAACUUCAUUCCUUUUUCCGACCUUCCCUUAUUCAUCCGGAAUGCGAGCCACAUUUCGGCUGGUUCUCGUUUGAAGGCGUCCCGUUAAAAUGGCACUAUCCACUAGGAUUACUUUAUGAUCUCUAUGCCGGGGCCGAACCUAUCUCACAAUCUUCCACAACUGACUACAAUAAUUUAACGCAAUCAGCAAUUCUGGUCGGUGGUCAAAAUAUCCAACCUUCCUCUGGUCAAGAGGAAUAUGACACUUCUAAUUCGAACCGAUUACCAUGGAGACUCACAUUGCAUUUCGAAAACUGGCCCAACGAGGACCUCGUACGACUUGAUGCCGACGGACUUGUCAUGCAUGACGCUUUUAUCAAUAGUGUCAAAGAAGCGGACUCACUUCGUAUACGAGACGCAAAAGGGAUCAUGACAUUGUCCAAAGAGGACACCGCUGGCUUUUGGUCAGCCAUUCAAAACCAUGACAUUGUUUCCUACCGAAGAAUCACCAAUCUCCUUCUCCCACCUUUACCGCAACCAUUUCGUCAAAUCCCUCUUCGAAUAUUCCUCCCCUUACCACCUGAUGCAGACAGACCAGCCCUUAAGGUUGCCCAAUCCCCAGUUUCACCCUCAAUUCAGGCCUCCUCCAGUACAGGUACAGGCUCUGUAGGACGAAUGCAGCCGCAAACAGUCGGAACCGCUCUGCAUUCCUUAUUACCAAAUCUUUUCCCCAGUCGGAGGAUACCGGUUUUGGCAAAGCCGGUAUUGCAUGGUGUAGUUUUACCAAUGUCCGCGCCGUUGGAGGAAGUUGCGCGGAGUGCUGCAUAUGGAGAUGGUUGGAUCUCUAUAGUUAUUUCUAUGGUUGGAUAAAGUCUUAUGGUAA